AUGGAUACCAGGAACCGGAUGUUGUUGCAACACAAUCAGCAUGAAAUCGUGAAGGAUUUAGACGUCACGUACAUAUUGGAUGAACUGUUCACGAAACAGGCGAUCACCAGCGAAGAUUUCGAUCAUAUUUAUAAGCUGAACGACAGAGCAGAAAGGGUCAGAUAUCUUCUGGAGACGAUCAUUCAGAAUGGGAACAACAACGCAUACGAGGUGUUUGUAGACAGCCUGGUGAAGGACUAUAAGUGGCUGUGGGAGAAACUAGCGCUGGGGAACAACAAAGCGAUGAUUGAAGAUAGUUUCGAAGACAGCAUUAGCCGUGGUGAUGUUCCACGACUCCCUGACCACUUCGUUAGGAGAUUGGCGCUGGAGCAAGAUGUAGCGAACAAGUUAAAAUCGCUGACGCGCCACAAAAUCCUAGCACUGCACGGGAUGUCUGGUUCUGGCAAGACCAGUGUUGCCAUCAGCGUACUUAGAAACAACCCAGAAUUAGUUACUAACAACUUCAACGGUGUCGUGUUUUGGCGUAAUCUAGGAAAUUGCAAGACUGAAGAUGAUAUCAUUGCACAGCAGAAUAAGUUAUACCGCAAAGCGUCAUCAUUAUGUAACCACAACUCGUACAUGAAUUCAUCCAUAUCUAUGUCUAGUAUCGGUUCUAAUGCCGAUUCCUUAUCGAGCUAUGACUGGACUUGGCAGGAAUUGAGGGAUAGACUGAAGACCCUUUUUUCGGAACAAGCCCUAAAGGAAUCUCUACUCGUGUUGGAUGAAGUGAAUGAGAAGAAUUGCUUGGAAGCAUUCGAUAUUGGCUGCAAGAUAUUGGUGACAACGAGAGACACUGAUGUUAUAGUUAAUUUUCAUCCUCUCAUCGUGAAGGUUGAGAACCAUUUCACUGAAGAAGAAUCUUUAUCCUUAUUAGCAUCGUGUGUAGAUGUCUCAGUGUCUGUGUUACCGCGUCAAGCGAAGCGUCUCCACGAAAUCUGCAAGGGAAGCCCUUUCCACAUUGCCCUAAUUGGCGCUGAGUUAGCCGAAAACAAGGAGAGAUUGGUACAUGAUACCAGACAUUGGAAUUAUUAUUUGAACAAACUGGAAAAGAAGGAGUAUUUUUUUUUAUCUAGACAAAAUGACAAACCAAUGAAAACCAUAGAGAUGUGUAUUAAUUCAUUAAAAUCAGACAUAUUACCACUAUUCAAAAUGCUUACUAUUUUACCUGACAACGCUAAAGUCACAGCUAGGGUGCUCAGUAAACUAUGGAACAAAGACGUCACAAAUGUUGAAAGUAUAAUGAAGCAACUGCGUAGUAAAUCACUUAUAAUUGAAUGCUACGACCAAGAAAAGAGGAACUAUAUCUAUGAAAUACACGAUUUAAUAAUGAAUUAUCUAAGAACAAUACGAAACGAAGAUGAAGUGAGGAAGAUACACUGCGACUUCUUGAAAAAUUAUAAAUAUGACACAAACAAUGCGCCAGUUGAGAUCGAAGAUGAUGGUUACAUAGCUUACUAUAUUGGAUAUCAUUUAUAUCAUACGCAAAAUUUGAACAACAGAUGGAGUCUGUUUGAAAAAAUAUUUUUGGACCUGAAGUUUUUGGGUAACAAGGUUAGGUUGACCGGACCGGCUGAUGUUAUUUUGGAUUUACAAAAAUAUGAAAAUUAUAUUGUUCUUGUGGAAUUGGAUCGAGAAUUACUUUACAACAUCAAGUCAUACCUUAGCACACACGGAACGGACCUGUACCGCUAUCCAAGCACUGACAUUAUACAGAGUGUUCUUCAACACGAAUCAAAGGGCGUGUUAUAUACUAAAGCAUUUGAAAUUUCUCAGCGGCGCUGCGCUUUGAACGAACUAUAUUUUGACUUUCUCCACGAACAGAACGUCGAAGAAAUAAAACACUCGACGAUAGACGCAAAGGAAAUGAUCACCACCGUAUGUUUUCUGGGAGAUUAUGUUGUCGUGGGCACUAUUUGUGGUACUAUUAAGUUUUUCCAAAUAUCAACGAACAAACUGAAGAAGGAGUUGAACUGCGGCGAAGCCAGCAUUAAGUGGGUCGGGGUAAGUCCUGUCAGUCCACCGCGCGUCGCGUCUCUAUCCUGUGAUGGAGUCCUGAGGCUCUGGUACAUUGACGACCUGGAACAUGAACAGACAGACGACAUCAUUGAAGAAGAAAACGAAGAGCCCCUUAACAACAAUUAUGCCACGAACGUAACAAUACCGCCCAAACGGGGCCCAUUCCUCUCCUGUCGAUGGGCGAACACAGACGAACUAAUAUUCACGCACACAUCCACAAUGAUCGUCAUUUACAAGCCGAACGGUGACGUGGCACAGAUCAUAGACAAUUUGUAUAGAGACAGAGAUAUUCUGUGCUGCGUGCCGUGUAACUUUGAUAAACACGCGAUCGUCGCAAGCGCAAAUAGUACCCACAGUUUGGAUGUGAUCGAUCUAAAGACCAGGACUAAAUAUUGCUUCGAGGAAACUGAUAUUGUUCUGGAUAUAUUGACUGUGCCAGAAAACAACAAAAUAAUAACAUUGAAAGACAAGGAAAUCUGCGAGUUUGACUGUAAACUCAGUACCUACAUCAAACAAACAUGUACCAACUGUAAGCGUAGAACGAUACUCAAAGCUGAUAGCGUUAAAGAGAAUAUAUCAUUCUUGUCUAUGGCCGUGAACAAGACUGGAACUCUAUUGUUCGUGUCUACAGACGACAGUAGGAUAAUCUGUGUGGAUUUGAAGACCACAGCGUAUAUCUUUGAUUUGGAAAACCGAAGGGGAAAUGUAGUAACAAUGGCAAUGAGUGAGAUCUUGAUGGACGAUUUUGAACCCGGUUCUGAUGUGCUUCUAACUGGAACGGGAACUAUAGAAAAUUCAUUGAAAGUCUGGUUCCUCGACCCGACGUAUGUUUCGCAGAAUUCACAUAAGAAUGGCAAAGUCCGGCUAACAACAAAGUUCGACGCGAGUUUCAUAAACACUAGCACCCCACAUACACCCCCGGGCUCGACUAGUUCCCCACAAAGCACCCACACAACCCCACAGAGGCACCAAUCCUUCGUCAAUCCUAAAGAGGUGGUGAAAAGGGUUGUCAAGUCUACUAUGAGUCUCGACAGACAUUCCUUGAAACCGUUGAACUUGAAGGGAAUCUGCAAUGGUGCUAGUGACAGUGUGCAUACGCCCUUAUUGGCCGUGGUCGAUGAUAAGAAUCACAUUCAGGUGAUGCGCGGAAGAAAAUUAUUAACAGAAAUACCUACAGAUUCAGCAGAGCUGAUAACCAUGGUCAGAAUAUCACCAUGCAACCAGCACAUUAUAUAUGGUCUAGAGUCGGGCAUAGUACGAAAAUACUCUCUACGAAGCAAGGAAAACAGGGAUAUUAUGGAUGUAUACAGCUCUGUACAGUAUAUGGCCUUUGUUAGCGAGCGUCUGUUGAUAGUGGCAGGAAAGAACCGUUGUGUUAUGGCCUAUAAAUUGACGGAUAACGGAGAUUGGAAACCAGAAAUGCUCCAAAGAGGAAAUUGUAACUUGGGUUCGCAAGAAUUACUAAACGAUUUCCAAGGCCUUAAGAAGAAAUACCAAGGCGACCAGAUUUCAAAUUCAAGCAGUGAACUCAGUAUGACGUCACGACUCUUCCCUAACGGUGAAAACAGGGAACUACUCUGCAAGCCCAGCAAUUUAGUAGACUGCUAUUGGGUCAAGGGAAUCGGUCUUAUCGUUAUCGAGUCAAAUGCGACUAUAAAGCUUUGGGACGAGAACUUAAAAUUGAUCAGCGUACUGAAUGGACGGCAAACUGAUGUCUUCAUAAAGUGCUCGGCUAUGAAGAAUAACGUUCUCGUUAUAUGCGAUGACUAUAACAUGGCGUUUCAGACGUUCGAAUUGAAGCAACGCGAUAACGUGUCCCUGCAAGUGAUACAAGAGAGCAAAUUGAACAACCGGGUCAACUGCUGCGCACUCACCGCUGACGGGCACGUACUCGCCAUGGGCCUGGAUUCUGGUGACGUAGCUAUAUGGAACGUCCCAAACAAGCGACAACUACGUCUCCUUAAACACCACAAGAGCAAGGUGCAAUGGUGCGGUUUCUCCCCCUCUCCGGAGAGGUUGUACCGCAGUGGUUCCUGUCACUCGCCUUCAGUUCAUGGUUCAUUCUACAUUGAGGAUGAUGAGCAACCUCCUCUCGUUCUGGUGACAAUGGCCAGCGAGAUCGUCUGGUGGAACAUCAGUUACGUCAUUAGAAUGAGGAGUAGGGGCUUCAAGAGCGGUUGGAACGUUGUGACCCCGGUGGCUAGUCCCCUCGACUCCAAGAGCGAGAGCUUUUCAAACGAGAGCAGCCCCAACAACAACUUUUUCUUCGGCAACAAUCCUUUCAGUCCGUACUUUCACUGGAAACAGCAUUGGAAGCGAAAGACUUGUCAAGAAGGAUCAAAACGCAAAGAGAUCCUGGCGUGCGUCAAACUUUCCGGAAUGUAUGCAAAGACACUUCGCCAUGAUGAAAAAUUCUCCUGUUUCGUCACAGUUGACAACCCUGGGCAUAUCCACAUUAUGACGCUAAUGGAUGCGCAUACGCCAUAA